GAGUCGUCGAAUCGUACUCUGUGUGUAUAUUCUAACGAAGUGGUAAAAGCGUUUGUGAAAGGAAAAAUUGAUUUUGCACUCGCUCACAAUUAAAUUUCUAAAUUCAAUUUGAACGUGCAUUCUUUUAUCAAAUUAAAUCGAUUUUAUUUUGGCAUUCGGCAACGACUCGAUAGCAAAAGGCUUUCAUCGAUUCUCGUUUCGCAGACAAUUCAGCAGUUUUGUGUGUGAAAAGAGGGAAUUUGUGUUGUUUCUGGUGAACGAAAGAAACAAACAACAUACGAAGGAAUUUUUUUUUCUUUCGGUGGGGUGCAUUUACGUGUACUGAGGGUGUAGUAGAGUAAAAAGAACAACGAACCGAAUUUUUUUUUUCAUUUUUACUUCCCGUUUUGCGGAGAGAAAGAAAAAAAACAUAGCAGGAAACAAACGCGAAAAGAAAAAUUCACGAUGAAUUUCAUUUGGGCAAUAUUGGCAUUGUCAAUUUUUACAAACGAUUGUUUAGCAAAGAAGAAAAAGCUCGAUUUGGACUUUGAAUUUGUUGAUAAGGUGGAGAAAGAUGUGCAACGCAAAAGAAAACAAUGGAUAUAUGACCCAAAAAGCGACCUAUGUCAACCCCUCAAUUGUAAAAAGCGUGAAUUGUGUUUACUUGAAGACGCUUUUACCGCACUUUGCGUAUCAAAGGCUAUGCUUCACAAAAAUCGCGAUGAAAUCAUAUCCGUAUCAACUCAGAAAGUAGCCAAAGUUGGAAGCGAUGGUAAUGACAACAUUGGCAGCCCCAAAUUUUCGGACGAAAUUUAUCUAACCGAUGACUACUAUGGCAACUCAAAGAAGUGCAAGCCGUGUCCAAGUGGUAAACAAACGUCAUUCGUGUGCGGUUCGGAUAACCGCACAUAUUCAUCGGGUUGCCGCUUAGAUUAUCACAAUUGCGUUCAUAAUUCACCGAUAAAAGUCAACUGCAAAGGAUUUUGCCCAUGCAAAGUUGUAGGUGAAUGUGCACCGCAAGAGCUCACCACCAUCGGAAAUCGUUUGUUGGAUUGGUUCUCGGUUAUUAUGACCGACACAAAGAAACAAAAGCGUCGCAUUGCCAAGUCUGAAGCUCAUUUUCCGGCUGCUUGCAAAAUCGAGGCAAAAUGGAUGUUUGGCCAUUUGGACAUCAAUAACGAUGGUUCAUUGUCGACAUCGGAAUUGUUCGACUUGGAACAUGAUCAAAAUGAGCGAUGCAUCAAGCCGUUCAUUGACACAUGUGAUGUGGACAACGAUGGCGCGUUGUCAACACGCGAAUGGUGCCGUUGCUUUGAAAAGACGGAUCGCCCAUGUGCAGCUGUACGAAGACGAAUCAAGUAUGAUUUACUGGCCAAAGAUGCAUAUGUGCCCGAUUGCGAUAUGCAAGGGUUUUAUCGACCAACACAAUGCCACAGCAAGAUUGGUAUCUGCUGGUGCGUCGAUAAGCAUGGCGUUGAAUUUGCCAAUACACGCAAACGAGGGAGACCGACUUGUGAUGAAGUCACCAAGAACGUAGUGUCCCAACCGUCCGACGAUGAAGAUGACGAUGAUCUAGACUACGAUGAUGCUGAGGCGAGCGCAAAUGGUCCACUAAACUACUAAAAACAAAGCCCAUUACCAGCUUUCAACAUUAUAUAUCUCGCACAGUGUGUGCGCGCGCGCGUUCACUCUUUCAUCCCAAUGCGACAAAAUCUCCCCUCCCCCUAGAAGAAGAGCAGAAAUAAAAAAAAAUCGCCUAAGAAAAACCAAAUUGAAACGCAAACCACAUAGACUGCAUUAAAAUCCAAUCAAUUUGUUUAUUUAGCGCAUUUUUUUGUUGGUCUUUCAUCUAUAUCCGUCUUAUAUAGAGAUUUAAAGCAUUUUUCUUCUUUUUGGAAUAUUUUCUACAAUUUUUCAAUCACUUUCGAAGAAAAAAAACAAUGUAACACAUCCGUCAGGUUUAUAACCGCACUAGAUUUGUUUUUUUUUUUGCUGUCGUGUAGUUGGUUUAUUUUGUUGUGGUGAUGGUGGUGAUGGUGAUUUUGCAUCACACCUAAAUCCAAACCAUUUACAACCUAAAACUUUGUCUGUUUAAUUUCGUAUGAGAGAUUUAACGGUUUAAGGUUUCGUUUUCGUUCCGGUCUUAUUUUUUGUUUGUUUCGUAGCAGUUUUGCGAUUAUAACGAUUAAUUUCAAUUGAAUGUAGAGUGUGAUCGGAACCGAGAAAUUCAUGAUUUUAUCUUUUUCAUUUUUUUUCUCUAAAUGUUUGUGUGUACUUUUCGUAAAUAAAAAUUGAAGUAAUUCAGUUGAAUGGGAAAUAAAUUAACUAAUAUUCUACCAAUAAACCAAAUUAUAUCCCCUUUUUUCAGCAGAAAAGAAACAAAAAAAUUCAAUAAAUUUAAAUCACACGUAAAAUUAAGAACUAAGCGAUAAGAUCAUGGUAGACCUAACUUAUGAAUUAGUUGAACUAAAUCAGAAAACUUCGAGAGAAAACAAAAACGAAUAUUAAUUCACAAAUUCUAGAUCUUAAAUUAUUCUAUAGAUAUAUAUAAUCUAGUCGAUUAGAAGACGAAGUCGGUCGGUUGGUCGGGUCGCGAUCAGGUUGAAAAAAAAACAGAGAAAGAGAGAGAAAAAGUUUCUUGAUGCUAAAUUACCGUUUGGUCACAUCGAAAUCACUUUUUGCGAAAUCAGAAUGGUUUUUUCACACGAACAAAAAAAAUAUCAUUGACCAAUUAGCGGCCAAUCGACUGACCUAAGCUGUAACACAAAAGGCCAAUGAAUAUAUAUAUAUAUUAAAUUAAAAUAUGGAAUCAAAAUCAUUUUCUUGGCUAUAGCGCAUUUAUUGCUUGUUUUUUUUUUUAAUUCUGGAAUGAAUCAUUUUUUUUUAAAUUUAAUUCAAUUUGGUCUCAAGAGGUUAAUUUUGGUUUUUAAAUUCCGCAAAAGUGGUGUAAUCAAAUAGAGUUAAAAGUAAUAACUGGCGAAAAGCACAGCUGAAAAAGCUCCCCGUCCCCAGUUCAUUUAGUUAAUUGGCUUAACGGGGCUCUUUUCUCUUAAUGGGAAUUUGAAGCCACCGCCCGUUUUUUUUCCUCCUGAUUUUUUUUUCGUUUUAUUUUAUUUUUUUUUUUUUUUUUGGUUGAAGAGAAUACAAUUUGCAAUAGAUAAGUAAAUAGAUAUAACGGAAAAAAGAUGCGAAAAAUGUUUUAACUACUGGAAAAAUUGUCUCACUAAAAUCCAAAUGGUUUCUUCGUUCAUUUCGUUUUCUCUUACAUUGGUCUCAAUUGGUAUUCAAUUUUCUACGUGUGUGAGUGUAUAGUUUGAGUAUAUUAAAUAUUCGAACAGCAUUUGUCAUAUCAAUUUUUGGUUUGUUUUUCUAUUUUCGGUUGUUACAAUUGUUUUGUGUUCGUAUUUUUAUUCUUUGUUGUACUACAAUGGAGUAUGAAAUGAAAAAUUAUGAAAUUUGUUUUUAAUUGUAAAUUUUUUCACUCAUUUUCUCGUGUUGUUUUUUAUAUAUUUUUUUUUGUUAAUUGUAAAAGUUCAAAGUAAACAAUAAAUGGAAGACAACGUUUGAAAGAUCUUUAAAA